UAGUCAUGCCAUUGUACCAUCAUUCUGCUAGAGUGCACACGGCAUGAGCAGAUAUGACUGGUGAACAUGGGAAAUUCUAUGUGCACCUGUAAACUCUGCUGCCCAUGUUGCCCACCGAAGAACGGAGAGCGGACCCUCAGCCGCAAAACAGUCUUCAAGUCGAUCUACGACUAUCCCUCACGUACAAUAUGGGACCUAAAUCUGAAGAAAGGAGACAUUCUGGAGGUGACAGAAGAGACUGAGUACUGGUUGUAUGUGAGGAGACGCACAGCUAAAGGUAACGGAUCUAAAAGCUUUGUGGAGGAAAAGGGAUAUGUGCCUAAAGACUUCGUCAAACCGCUGGAUAGCGUAGAGGCCGAGCCAUGGUAUUUUGAGAGUGUUAAAACACGUAUAGAGGCCAAGAGAUGUCUUCUAAGACCAGAGAACCAAGAGGGUGCAUUUCUCAUCUGGAAGUGUGAUGAGAAUAAUCAAUAUUACUUAUCAGUGAAAAACGGCCUUCAUGCACGGCAUUACAGAGUCAAGCAGACAGAAAACGACAAGCAGUUUUUCCUUGUUCAUCACACAACCUUCCAGACCUUGCGUCAGCUGACAGAGUUUUACUCUAAACAUGAAGAUGGACUCUGUCCGAAGCUUCACGAAGCCUGUGUGAAGCUGGACCAGCCCGUUCCUCUGACUCUUUCAUUUGAUACCAAAUGGGAGAUAGACAGAAGUUCGCUUACCAAAAUAAAGAAGCUGGGCAGCGGCGAGUUUGCGGAUGUCUGGGAGGGGCUCUGGAACAACACCACAGAGGUGGCCAUCAAAGAGUUCAAAGAUGUCAACUAUUUAAAUAUCAAAACAGAGAUUGAUAUCAUGAAAGAGCUGCAUCACGACCGUUUGCUGAAGCUCUAUGCUGUGUGUACCAAUAGUGAACCCAUGUGUUUAGUCACAGAGCUCAUGAAAAAUGGCAGUUUAAAGAAAUUUCUUAUCAGCCACAAAGAGAAUCAAGACCUGGAGUUUUCACUCAUGAUGGAUUUUGCUGUACAGAUAACAGAAGGAAUGAUGUACAUUGAGAACAAAAUAGUUCACCGCGACCUGAGAGCCGAAAACAUUCUGCUUACCGACAUGCAAUGCUGCAAAAUAGCCGACUUUGGACUCGCUGAAAUUAAUCUCUCUGGAAGCCACAGAAUUUCAGCAGGUAUAAAGGUCCCUGUGAAAUGGAUGGCCCCUGAGAUUUUUGAAAACAAGGCUUACACAAGCAAAAGCGACGUCUGGUCUUUCGGCAUCCUUUUAACUGAAAUUGUGACAUACGGAGACGACCCAUACCCUGGUAUGGACAAAAUGACAUGUGUUCGGUCCAUUCAGAGAGGAGAGCGAAUGGAGAGACCGGCCGGCUGCCCUGAAGCGCUCUACGACAUUAUGCUGCUGUGCUGGAGGUCAGACCCUGAGGAGAGACCAACAUUUACGCAGCUUCGGACAAAGCUGAUGGCUCUCAUAAAUGAGCCGGAUUCUGAACUGGAGUAGAUACUAUAGAAAUUUAGACACUUUUGAGCUUUGAUUAUAUAACAAAUGCAUACAAUCACUUACAGUUUACAGAGGUAAUAGCAUAGGACAGAUCUACUGAAAUUAAUGCAAUAUGGGUGAUCCUCACGAAAAUGGAAAACAUUACCAAAAACAUUACAGUAAAAAUUAAGCAAUGCAAUGAGAAUUUAAAAUUUAAAAAAGAAAUAAAUACAUUUUGAUUUUGGCUUUUUGUGACAGGUUUCCUGAGAUUCAUCCAUAUGCAAACAUGACAUAAAUCUCUCAAACACAUGAUUAUGAAUGACUUUACUAGUAUUGCUAAUCAGUAUUACUAAAGAUGAUUAUGAAGUUUCUUACGUUUCCAAAAAGCUCUUUUAAUAUUCCCUGAUAAGCAGGAAAUAUUCCAUUGCUGACUGACAUUUUUGUGACCAAAGCUGCUGAACUAAAAAUGAUGGCUAUCUUGAUCCCAAUGUAGAAAAAACAUGUACGUCAUGUGAACUUUCAACAUUUGGUGACAGAAGUAUGAAUGUUUGAUUUUUAACCUUUUAUGUUAACUCUACAAAUUAUUGUAGGAGCAUGAAUCUUCCGUGACCUGAUAAAGAACAUUGUAACGUAAUAAUGUAAAUCUGGGCUGUUGCUACUACU